AUGGAGGCGAAGCAAGUUGCAGGGUGUACUGUGGGUUUUGGGGUUUUCCAACUUCUCCCCGGAUAUAUACAAGUGAAAAUAGCGGACCCACCAGCACGCGCAGAUUUGACCAGAACCGAAAGCAAGGAUGGCGCGGAGCGGGCCAAGCGUCCCUGGAGUGGAUCCAGCGGCGAGCCGCCCCCGAAACACCUCAAGUCGAGCCGGCCGGACCACGACCGCCCAGAAAUCGGGAAACAGCCGGACGCCGAAGGCCCAGGAACCGGGACACCGGCUGCUGGCCGCCAAACGCAAGACCGGGUCCCGCACCCCCCAGCGCAUGGCCAGCGCGCCCAAGCACCCGAGGACGACCUGGCGCGCCGGAAUUUCGUAACCGAGGUGCGCAAGGAGCUGGACUGGCUAAAGAGCUUGCGUCCGGCGACUACAGGCGUGCGAAUGCACGUCCCAUCCUGCCUAGGUCUGUACGGAUGCCUGAGUAACCGCUAUAUAGAUUGCCCUGGCGGCAUGAAGGUGGAGAAGCGCGAUUGCAGGCCCCUGUCGUCCUUCUUCCAGGACCUAUCGCCGUCGACGCCAGUCGUACCCUCGGCGUACAACCGGCGGAAGACCGAAUACUUCACCGUCCAUCCGCCGCUCUCAAUGUUUGGAGACAUGAUAGACGUCAGUCUCCACCCAGCCCGACUCUACCAAGAAGCGCGGGGGGAAACCUUGGUCGCACUGCCUCGCCCAUUUGGCGGCAGCGUCAUCCGGAAAGAAAGCCACAGUCCGAGAAAUGAACGCAACUCCGAAAGACCUGAACGUAAUUCGGAACGCCAUCCGGACCGUAACCCGGAAAGGGUUGAGCGCAACUCAGAAAGGGUUGAGCGCAACUCAGAAAGGACAGAGCGCAGCACCGAACGGGUUGAGCGCAAUCCCGAAAGAGUUGACCCCGACAGGUUGAAGGUCGUGGAGAAGGUGGAGCGUAAGACAUCGGGUAGACUUGGCUUGCCGUAUAUGCGGCUGAUUGGACCGGGGCAAGUUUCCGUCGCUUCCUUGAUUGCAUCGCAGGCCAAGAGCACUGAGUCUCUGCGGUUCUUGCUCUCGCUGCCGGAACCACCGCAGCCGUUGUAUUUCCAAGGCAACUUUUAUGUCCCGCGGUGUAAAGCGUGGACUUGCAGUAGGCACAGCCGCAUGCACCAUGAGCCCACCAGUGGAGGAGUCCCAUCCCGAGAAGACCGGGCCUUCCAAGCUAUCGCGUGGUCGAAGACCGAACCGUUGUCGGUACCGCCCGUCUGCAGCUGUAAGGACCCCGCUAAAGUAAAACGGUGGACGCGCGCCCUAGAACUGUCUGUAAACCAAAACUUCAAAUCGUCACCUAAUAAGCCACCGACACUUGGUCUUUCGCUGACCGAAACAGAAGCCAAGACGCACUCCGAAGCUGGUUCUUAUACUACCACUGCUGUUCAACCUACAGAUCCGCCUCUGGCAACCCCGCCUAGACCAGACCCACACAGCGAGACCGCACCGGUUCCUAUGCAGACGGCCGGCAGCAAGCCUGACGAUAACAAGGUUGAUGACGGCAAGGGUGAUGACGGCAAGGGUGAUGACGGCAAGAGUGACGGUGGCAACGCAAGUAGUAAGGCUGACAAUGGCAAGCCUGAUGCUAGUAGUGAGGCUGACGUCGGUGGUAAGGAUAACGCUAGUAAAAUCAAUGAUGGUAACGUUGAGGGCAGUAAGGUUGAUGGAAGCACGACUGAACGUCCCCCAGAAGAUGUACCCAUGCAAACGGAAGAUGGUCCGGUGCGAGAAGCACGGCCGUCAGUCCCCGACGAGACAACUUUGCUGGCCGUGUCGAGUCAGCCUGGCGUGGACGAGCCGGUUGAAGGAACUCAGGCUGAAGGAACCAACGCCGAAGGAGCUCCCGCUGAAGGAACUCAGACUGAAGGGACUCACGCUGAAGGAGCUCAGGCUGAAGGGGCUCAGGCUGAAGGAACUCAAGCUGAAGGACGCCAGACUGAAGGAGGCAAGGCCGAAGACGGCCAGGCUGAAGGAAGUCAGGCUGAAGGAAGCCAGGUUAAAGGAAGUCAGGCUGAAGGAAGUCAGGCUGAAGCAAGUAAGCCUGGUGUCCCGGACGUUGGUCCUCCGACCGGCUCGAAACCGGUCGCCGAAAAGACGGCUGUGGCCGAGUCUGCGGACAGUGGCAGCGGGGUCGAGAAGGAAGGCGCAUCGUCCGGACGAGGGACUACUGAAGCAACGGUGCCUGGGGGAGGAGCGGCUGGAGAGCAGGCGGUUGCUAGUGGGGCGAAAGCGCCGCUUGGACACCCGAACGAAGCAGGGCCUUUGGAGUCCAAGGUGGCGGUUGCGGAGCCAGAGUUGCGGCCAAAACAAGUGACAGGCCAGGUGGCGGAUAGUUCGAAGCCGAACAGUUCGAAGCCGAACAGUUCGAAGCCGGUGGAUGGUUGGAAACCGGGGGACGGUUUGAAGCCGACCGUGCUGCCUGCUCCGAGUCCCGCGGGUUCGAGUCCAAUUGCGGGCAAGGUGGACCCGAUGGCGGAGUUGCUGGAAUUAGAGGAAGAGUUAUUGUAUGAAGCGGAGACGUGUAAGACGUGUGGUGGGUUGACCUAUUACCCGUUUUCAUUUAUCCAGAUUCCGUUGAGCAGUCACUUGCCGACAUUGCAGCAAGUGCUGGAGGUGUUUUGCCUACCGCCGAACACGGAUGUGACGUGCGAUGGGCCGCACAUCACGGCGACCAUUACGACCAAGUCGCCGGCGCACGAGUGGCGAUGUUUCCAGGCGGUUGCCGUCAAGUGCCCGGACAGGCCGCCAUUAAUAUACGACGUCUGCGGUGAGUCAUUCAUCCCCGGGAUUCCGACGAAACCUGGACAACGAAGACCCAACGAAAAGGAGAUCCCCAUCCGAUCAACGGAGACAACGCCCUUGACACCUCCAUCGCACCACUACCUUAACUGCGUCAAGGUCAUUCCUGGUGCCAUUUCCACCGCGACCCCUCGACCACUCGACUUCAGAACAAACGCGCCACAAACGAAUCGUCUCUCCGCAUCGGGUCUCUCCGCAUCGGGCUCCUUGACCAACAUGGCUGCCAUGGUUUCUGGCGCCAUGGUUUCUGGCGCCAUGGUUUCUGGCGGCACGGUUUCUGGCGGCACGGUCUCUGGCGGCACUCCCUUAGCGGGCACACCCUCUGCCCUGGGGCAGGACCCAGCGCACAAACCUCUAGGUGCAGACCUUCGAGCUCCGGUGGCCGGUCUGCGUUCUAACGACGCUAACUUGUCGAUAACAACGCUCUCUUCGCGACGACCAUUUUGCGUUCGACUACGGAGCCUAGUUGACAUGGACAAAGCUCUCAAGAUCGCGCAAGCCACAGCCCCGCCCGAAAUAUCGUCCCACAACGCUGAGACCCCCGAGUUUAGAACUGCCCUAGCCGAGUACAAGGAACAAGUCUCAGUACUCGCCCAAUUGGACGCAGAUCUUGAAACUGUGAAGGCCGAAUGUCUAGCCAUAACCGUCGCAGGAAUCAAACGGUAA